AAUGGAUAAUAAUCGCAUUGAAGACCCAAACAUUACUACAGUUUACUACAAAACAAAUCCAAAAAAAGAGUUCACACAACAAUGACUUGAAGAUUGAGAGACUGAUCUUCACAUUAUAUUAAGACAUCACACGUUGAUUAUCAUCGAUAUUAUUGCAGCGAUUAGAUUGCGUGUGUGUUAUCAACUUUGGUCUAUCGAUACUUAUUAUUGAUUUGACAUAUUUUGUGUGUUAAUGUGUUGGACAUAACCGAAAAAUAUAUAUUGUGAAUAAUGGACGACCAGAUCAAGAUAUACGACACGGUUCGGGCCGCCAACAACCAGUUCCUCUACUAUAAUGCGUGUCCGGCCAACACGUGCUAUAAUACGACUAACAGUGCAAAACUGAAAAAGUCAAAUCACUGGACAAAUAUCUUUACGUGGAAGAAAAAGACCAAACAAUGUCAGAAUAGUAUAAUUAACUAUCCGUUUGCAUCACCUGCCGAUUCUCCAGGCGUUCCCGUAAUGGCCGCACACAGAUAUAGUGGUUCAAUGUCGGCGGCCACUGGUAUAGCGUAUGCAUACGCCCAGCCAACCAGUCCAAUGCCCGGACCUGACUAUAUAACAGCAACCACAACGACCACCACAACGAUUCACGCAUCCAUCCGAAGUCAUUCUCCAGUUAAACGGCCGAACCAUCAGCGAAACAGUCUGUUCUAUACUCCGUGGGAGUCAUUUCAUGAACAGUCAGCUCAACAUUUAGCCGGCGAGUGCACCUGCAAUGGUGACUAUAGCACCAGCAGCUCUGCCAAAGAUAAGCAACGAUCACUGAGAGGUUUGUCAUCGAAAUCUGUGCCAAUGUUAGCGUCGCCGCCGAGCACUGUGUCCAAUGCUGACCAGUUGUAUGCGAGACGUAUGUCGCGAAUGGAUUUGUAUUCUCUGGACGAAGAGGUCGUCACAGAUAAGCCGAUUGACAUCAAGAGUAAGUCAAGUGAUUCGCUUUUGGACAUCAAGAGGAAGAAGCCAACGACGACUGCGUUGAAUGCCAUAAAAAGCAGUCGAAGCAGUACUACACUGAACGGCAGUCCCUUUCAUAAGCGAGGAAARUCCGAAACGGCCACUGCGUCGACAGUUAACGAACGGUUCCUUAAGUUUUUCAGAAAAUCGUCGACAGAUAUAUACAAUUCGGUUGCGUCGAGAAAGUCGAUACUCGAGUGCAAUGUCAGUGCCUAUGAUCUCAUCAAACAGAGUCUGAAAUCAGAAGAACAGCUGUUUGAAGAUGAAGAGGAGGUGGAGGAGGAAGACAUCGACGAUAGUCUUAGUGAUAACGCCAUCGAAAACGACACAAUUGUGAGAAAAAGUGGUCACAAAUUAUCACAAAACAAGAAGUCAUUCGAUGGCCAUAACGGCACCGGACUUAAGUCAAAGGGUGGAUCAUUAAGUGUUAAUAGUGUCCGCAUCGGUGGCUACGGUGUCAACUUUGUGCUGCCAUCCGCUAAAUUGAGGGCUAGUAUCGACACAAAAACGUUCGCUACAUUGGACUCGAGCACUGGUACUCCAUCUAACAGUUCGUGGAGUGCCAGCUCUGGCGGUAUGUCAUCCGACGAAAGUAUUGUUGUUCCCGAACCUGAUUACGAUUUUACAGACGAAGACGACUACGACGAUACCUAUAGUCGGUCGGCGCCCGAAAUCAGCUCUUCUGAUAAUUUUAAACAUUUGAAACUCUCAUAUUCUCCGCCUUUGCCACCAAAGAGAUUGCAUACGAGUCACCAAACAGAAGAUACAACUAAUAACUUAUUGAUGACACAGUCAUCAAAUGAGACAACUAAUGUGUCAAUUGCUGAUAAUAAGUUGAGUAAUGGACCGCCAGCUCCUCCACCGUUACCACCACCACUUGAAGUACCAAUAAUUACAACUAAACCCGUAAGCCUCGCGACACCUAAAAACUUGUUAAAGCCUAGUUUAGCGGCUGUACCUGACAUUAAUAAUUUCCACUGCGAGCUAAAAGACAAACUAAACUCUGGUGUCAAGUCUAUACUGAAGAAGACUAACUAUAAUCUAUCGAAAAGCGAGAGCGACAUAACUAAACCCGAGUUAAGUGAGUCGUCGUCCUCCGCGCCGUCAACCGACGUCACGUGCGACUAUCUCAGGACAUUCAAAGAGUUUAAAGAGUCACGUCUAAGAAAUAUUCGCCACCGAAAACACGUGCAUUUCAAGAGUCAUUCGCACGACCGACUUAUAAUCGGUACGGAAACCAUUCCCGAAGUAGAGGAAUACGAAGAUCCCAUCUAUGAUGACGUACAGGUGCCCAGCAAUAGUAUCACUGCAAUUGGUGCUACUGAUGAUGCCAGUGACACAAAUACAGACAAUAGUGAUAACAAUAACAACAAUGUAUCAGAUUGUGGUCAUCAAUUCAAUGAGAGUUCAUCAGUAUUGUCGACGACGACAACACCAUCAACAGCGACAACGACAACAAUAGAGAGCGAUAUUAAUAAUAAAAGGACAAUAAAAAGUGUUACAAUAGAUAAUAAUUGUUUAGUAGAUGACACUCAAUUGGGAACGACCACCGAUAACAGGACUGGUAGUAGUAGUAGCACUGGUAGCAAAACAAGAGGAAUCGACCACAGAGAGCCACGAGUGGUAAACUUUAGCGAAUUUGAUCCAAGUGAACACACCGUACCAUCACUGGUCACGAGAGCACAGACAGCCCAGUCCACGCUUUUAAAGGGUUUUGAGCUGACGGCACACAACAACACAUUAAGCGAUUGUCCAAAUCGUUUCAUUAGUAAUAAUAAUAUUAAUAGUUGUAAUAAAAACAACGUUAAAACUAGCGAUAAUAAUCCAGAAGCAGUCAACCAUAAUCUUAAAGCACUGGUAGUGCCCAUAAAAACCGUUUCUCAAUUACCUGCGGCACCAACCAGAACAAUAAAAUCAUCGACGACUACUAGUCCUACUGCUGGCACUACUAGCGAGUCCCGUACUAACAGUGCCGUAGAAAUUAUUAAUAGUUCAGCAAAUUCUCAACAUUCAAAAUCAGCACAAGUAGUCAAACCCGUAACUAAUAGAUCGCCGCCAAUAGCUAAACCCAGAGAUGAUAGGAAAGUACAAUCAAAACAGUCCAAAGUAAAUGGCAGAUCUGCUAUGGCUUCUUCUUCAUCAUCAGUGACGACACCAAUAGCGACACCUAAAUCAUCACCACAGUCAUCACCUACUAAAUCAACGACAAUAUCACCAACAAAAACAACUGUAACGCCAUUGUCUCCAACCAGACGACAGCCACCGCAAGCCGUGGCCAGAGCUAACAAGUUGUCCACAAUUAAUAAGACACAGUCAUCCGUACCGGACAUAAGUCCUACAAAAGAGCGUAAUAAUGGAUCGUCGGUUGCCAUCGUUUCACAGAAAGUCAGUGAUAGACAAACACCAGUCCAGGUUAGCCAACAAAAAGGCACUCAAAAUCACAAUCAAAGAAGUUUUUACAAUAAUAACAACAAUCAUAAUAAUUACAAUAAUAAUAAUAAUCACAUGAAAAAUAAUGGUUUGACUUCUGAUAAUAGUAGUAAUGUUGUUGGACUCGAUAGUCAAACAAAUUUGACGUUAAAUAAUAGCUGUUUUCAUAUGAAUAAUAAUAAUAAUACGGAAAUUGAAAAUUUAGAUUUUAAUAACCAAUCAACCGGUUCGGUAACGACUAUUAAAUCUAUUAUUGAUGAUAAUAGCAGCUAUUAUGGCACCGGUAGUAGCAGCUGUAGUAGUACAAUGGGCAGUGGUAACGGUCUAAGUCUUACAUCAAAUUCCUCUGGCUAUGAGUGCUUAAGAGGCGCCAAUUCAGAUGAUAAUGAACARGAYAGUAGUUGCACACCAUAUAUCACUACUACCGGUCGCACUAAUCCCUAUCUGUGCACCAUUUCUAUCCGCAACGGUUCAGAUAAUAGGGUAAUCAAUCAGACCAGUAUAGAGACAAACAGUUAUCCCAAUAAUCUGUCGGCAAAUGUCAUCCAAUUUGAAUCAAUUGAUUCCUCAAACUCUUUCUCCUCAUUAUACGAUUCCGGUGCCCAAUCAUCUACCGAUUCUCUGACCAAUGAUUGUACGCUUAAGAAGUCGCUGAACAACGAGAGUCCGAUUACUGUUUUCUAUUCAAAUCCAAACGAUAAGAUUAUUAUCAACGUAUCCUCGGACACACCUUUCGAGGGGAUCGAUGAACACAUAUAUGAAGAGCUGGACAAUGAGUCUGUAUAUGUAGACACCGAUAGUAGCCUUGAAAAUGCCAAAUCGAUAUUUGACGGCGCGUCCAAAGAUGAGAUACUCGAGUUUCUCGAAGACGCUAAGGAACGCGUGGGCGAAGAUAUUCUGGUGGGCGACACAACUAUUGACGCCAAUAUCGAGAUAAUGGAGGCCAUCGAUGUAAUUGAAGACAUGGAAGAGAAUCCCAUCAUAAAUGCCAAAAACUUGAUUGAGACGACAAUAUCGUCCAACCGGCGCAACCGUACCAGUAAUGUCAGUAACUCAUCCACCGAGUCUACGGCCACUACAUCCAGUUCCAUAGACAUCGAAGAGGAUAUACUACUGAAGUGUGCCAUCACUAACUCAGCAUCGGUCGGCCAACUGGUUGAACGCAACGACUCAGGUGUCGGCGCCGAGACGUCUAAACCGUCGAGACUAAGAAAGUUGAGUCUCAACGAUGAGGUCGAGCAUCAAUGUGCCGACUGCGAAAUGCAUGUCGAUCCCAACGAGGACGACCAUACGGGACUAUUGCAUUACCCGUUGUUUUGUCACCGGUGCGACAAAAAACGGUCGGAACGUAAAGAAAUCAUAUCGGAGAUUGUGGACACAGAGUUCAAGUAUGGCCGCGAUUUACGUAUUAUUCGCGAAGAGUUUUACCGACCCAUAGAGAUAGCGGGACUGCUGACCAAAGAACAACUCAAAGGUGUGUUCAUUAAUCUGGACGAACUGAUUGGAGUCAAUAGCAAGUUCUCUGAGAAACUACAGGACGCCAUCGAUAUUGCAACAGAACAGGGAGAUGAGGACUUUACUACCGUAAACAUUGGCAAACUGUUUCGGGACAACUCAUCGAUGCUUCACGCGUUUGAGUCCUAUUGUGUCCGCCAGGGAUCAGCUGCACUGUUACUGAAUCACUUGGAAAAGGAGAAAGAGUUGCUGAGAAUAUUCCUACGGGUGUCACAAAUGGAGAACACACUGUUGAGACGUAUGAACCUGAGGUCGUUUCUUGUGGUACCCGUCCAGAGGGUUACUAAAUAUCCAUUACUGUUGAACCGUCUCUACAAAGUCACACCAUAUCAUCACAGAGAUAGGGAAGCGCUGAGAGAGUCCCAACAGAAAGUGGAACUACAUCUCGAGCACAUCAAUCAGCAAACGAAGGGUACGAUAGGCGCAACUACAAGAAUCUGGCGGCGAAUAUCCAAUCUGUCGACAUCUCAUCGACGGCUCAACUGUGUCGACGAUAUCGGAAAUAUCAAACUCAGAAAGGCUGCUCUUGAAAUCCUUAAGUGGAAUCAAGAGGAGACUCAGUUCGUGAGCAUCGGUAAAGUAUUGUUCACAUCUAUCACCGAUUACACCGUUAACCGCAAGACAAAGACGCUAAAGUUUUUGACGGCCAGUGCCUUAUUGGUUACACUGGGCCGGCCCAACCAAAACUAUAGGCCCGAUUUGGUCAACAAUAAUAGCGAACAAGAAAAGGAUUUGAUUUUUCCCAGAGAUAACACCGGUAUUACCGAUUCGGUUCUCCUAUUGAUUAAAGAGAGGUUGGGUCGGUACGCCCUGUGCAAGGAAAUACUAAACCUGAAGACAUGUGUGAUCAGCUCUGAAAGCGAUUGCGACGAAAUGUUUGAAAUUCACGAACAGAUCAGCAAAGAGUCGCUACUAUUUAAGGGCGAAACUGUUACUGAAACCAAAGAUUGGUUGAAACAAUUGCGUUACCAUUCAAAGGAUUUAGGAAACUGGAGACGAAGGCGCAACGCAUUGGCCAACAUUAUGAUGGUUAGACAAUAGGGUUGGACAGCCUUUUUUAAAAAAGUGUCUGUCCUCCUAAAGUUUACCACCAUUUCGUUGAUUUUGCCAAUUAUUUUAUUAUUAUUAUCGAAUCUGUGAUAAUGUGAAAACAUAUAUAUAUUUUAGGACUUUUUUCUAAAUAGGUGUACCUUUUGA